AUGUCUCAACACACCGAUCAAAUCAGCCAGAUGCUGAGCCUGGUAGAGUGCAUAACACAGGAGGCUCAAUCGCUUCGUACACACUCUUCUCAGCAGGACAGUUUCCUGGGUGACAAGUUCCAGAGGAUCAUCACCGCUUGCAAUGAACUGUCAGCCUGUCUGACCAUGCCCGAACUUUGGAUGACAAAAAUUGCCAUGGGCUAUAGUACAAGUGUUGCAAUAUCUCUGGCCCUGGAAAUGAAUCUCCACCAACAUAUACAAAUCAAUAUCCCCACAUCACUAGAUACCCUGGUUCAACACACGGGAGGCUCGAAGAAGCUCAUCACUUCUCGGACGUUUUACGACUACAUCCGCGAAAUUGAUACCAUCCGUGGUGCGCGUUUUGAUACCGCGAUGGAGGCCACUGCCUUAGAUCCGAGUCUCGAGAUGACCUACCCCUUUGCCAGCUUGAGCCAUGGCGCAGUGGUCGUGGAUGUAGGAGGAGGAAGAGGCCAUCACUGUCGGCGAUUGAUGCGGCAAUUCCGCCAUAUACAAUUCAUUGUUCAGGACCACGAGGAUGCCGUCAAAAAUCUAAGUCCAAUCGAUGAGGCUGGGGAUGAGCAUCGGAUCAGCUGGCAAGGCCACAACUUUUUUGACCCCCAGCCGGUGAAAGGGGCUGAUGUCUACCUGUUGAACUCAGUGCUUAUGGAUCAUCAUGAUAAGUGCAGGGCAUGCAAGAUUAUCCUGAGGAAUAUUGCCAAUGCAAUGGUGCCGGGCCAUUCCACUUGCUUGGUGAGUGACGGAAUUGAGCCCGAGAAUGAACUCUCUCCGCUAUUCAGCGCCCACCAGCUGCAUAUGAUUUCCAUCCUCAGCCGCGCUUAUCGAUCCCAGUCCGAUUGGGAAAAGCUGUUUCAUGAAGCCGAUGAAAGAUUACUAUUUGAGAAGAUCUUUAGCUCCGGAACAGGAAAGGUCAUUUACGCUCUAAGACUGAGGGAAACUGAUCCUGUGCGUCUAUCUGGAUGA